AUGACCUCACCAUGUCCUGCCAGUGAGCAACAGGCGCAGAACACGCACGACACUCGUGUCUUGCUCUCUCCGGCCCUUUCAUCCUCCUCCGAUGCAGAGCUGCCCAUCAUCCCAACCAAUGACUCGGGCAUGAUCGCCGACGAUGAGGCUUCUCCAGAAAACCAAUCCGCUCAGUCGGCGAUUGGGACGGCAAAGGCGAAGAAGACGUCGACAAAACCCCGCCGGACAAUCACCUAUGUUUCGAGGCACUUCGUAGCGGAAAGCGAUUUGGAUGGGGCCGGUUCUCCGGUGCCUCCAAAGAGAAGUCGAAGGGCUCAAAAGCAACCGAAUACUGCGAAAGUAAAGAGAACCCAACCGGACCAGCGGCAUGAUGCUGAUCAAGACCAAGGGGCACCGACUCUAGCCACGCCGCCAGUCACGCCAGCUCGCCCCGGUCCUCGUCCACGCAUUUAUCACGGACUGAACUUCGACGACCUCUCCUCCGAUUCCAGCCUUACUGAUGUCCCUGACGAUAUUGGGCCGGACCCGUUCUCGCCAGAAGAGCCACGAUCAUCCCCAUCAGAGUCACCAUCCCUCUCCACAAUACAAGGGAUAGAUGUCACGACCAAAAGCCGAAAAGGCCAACGUCGGCCGACCAAAUCGCCUUACUUUCCACACCCACACAAACACAGGCCGACAUUCUUGUCGACAUUGCCCUUCCCGCCCCUGUCCCACGCCACCUUCGGUUUAAUGCAGGAACGCCUCGCCCACGAUCCGUUCCGCUUACUCAUUGCGACGAUCUUCUUGAACAAGACCCCAGGCGAGCGCGCCAUGCCGGUCUUCUACCAGUUGAUGUCGAGGUUCCCUACGCCAUCGGAUCUCGCCAGGGCAGACACCAGCGAGAUCACUUCGAUCAUCUACGGGCUCGGGUUUCAAAACCAGCGAGCGAAGAAAUGCGUUGCCAUGGCGAAAACGUGGGUCAACAACCCACCAGAGCGCGGGAAACGGUAUAGGAAGCUCCAUUACCCGAAUAAAGGCGAUGGUAGGGAUGUGAGGGAUGACGAGGUGCUCGAUGACCAGGACACGCGCGUUGCAUGGGAGAUUUCUCAUUUGCCUGGUCUAGGCCCAUAUUCUCACGACAGCUGGCGCAUCUUCUGCCGCGACGAGUUGAGGGGAGUAGCGGACAAGCGGAAUGUGGAAGGAGAGGGACAUAGUUUGGCCAAAGAGCGGGGUGCAGAGGAAAAUGAAGAAGAAGGUGCAGCAUCAUCAUCGCCAUCGCCCGGAACAGGAACCGCAACCGCAACUACAACUGCAACUGCAACUUUCGAGCCCGAAUGGAAACGAGUCGUCCCGUUCGACAAGGAGCUCCGAGCAUACCUGACUUGGAUGUGGAUGAAAGAGGGAUGGGUAUGGAACAAGGAGACGGGCCAGCGAACAAAGGCCCCCGAAGAACUGAUGGCCAAAGCACGUGGCGGCGGUAUUGUGGUUGAAGAGCGAGACUCGGCCCAUUUGGUCGUGAAGACAGUCGAGGCCCAUGACUUGGACCACCUCCAGGAGGGGCGUAAGGUCGAGCGGACGGCGGGGGAUUUCUUGCCGCAAGAUUUGGAUACAAGCGCCGGGAGAACCACACCAUCACUUUAG